UUCAGUUGUUUCACAGGGACUGCAGUGUGAACGCACUGACUUAUAUAACGAUAGUACUUUUAUUCUCACUUUCUUUUCCGCAAAUCUCGCGUGGACUCGUUUUUAUUGUAGUUUGAAAGAAAAUAGAUCUGUAAUAGACCUCCUCUUUUGUUCCGGACACUUUUAUUCAUCCGGAUCUUUAUGCAGGUGGGAUUGUUGUGAACUGGAUCCAGUUUAUUUCAGCAGGAUUCACACCAAAGCAACAAGGACCAGUAUACUGGUGAUAAACUGGACUAGAUCUGGGGUUAGUUUAUACAGUUAACCGGCAUCUGUCUGAAGAACAUGUUGGAUUUUCUGCCUUUAUUCUCCUGUAGUAUGAGAGUUUUUCACAUCCUGGGAAACCUGUAGACUGGUGAAGCUUUGCUCAGACUCACAGCAGAAGAAAGCUGUAGAAAGGUUUAUUUUAGGUUGUUUUAGUGUGAAUUGUCACAAUGACUGAUCACAGAUACUCCAGUUUGGAUGAAACGUCACUUCAGACACUGCUGGACACCACUGUGGACAUCACCGAGCGCAGACUCAUCCGCUCAGCUAUCCGAGAGCUGCGGCACCGCGAGAUUGAAGACCUGGAGGCUGCCCUGACCAACAAGAGAUUCCGACGCGCCCCGGAGCACAGACAUGACGAUAAAGAAAAUCAGCAUCGGCCUGACUUGGCAGCAUCCUUGGACGCACUUUCUCGGAAGCUUCAGGACAUUCAGGACAUCGAUGUGCUCUCUGUGAUGUUGCGUAGUAGCAAAGAGUACGAAGAGAGGAAACUCAUCCGUGCCGCCAUCCGCAGACUGAGAGAUCAGGAGAUUGAAGCAGGUGCACUAGAGAAGGUUCAUUUAACUGGGCAGCAGAUGGAGAAGCAACAAAAGCCUCAAAGAAGCUUGGAGUUGGAGGACACACCAAAGGAAACCGUGGACAAGUCUGACCGGAUCGAGAAACUCCACUACAGCCAAGCACAGAGCAAAGAGGCCCCUAGAACAGGCUGUAACUCUGACAUGGUGUUGGUGUUGGACCCACUCCAGGAGAAGGUGUCCUGCCCUCUGACCACCUGCUCCGAGCUCGACUGUCCACCCUCCGAUGUCAUUCCUCGGUACCGGACCCAUUCCAAUUCUAGCGCUUCAGCGCGGAGUCCCGGCUCCCACAAUUGCUCCAGAGUGUGCACGUCGGAGCAAGUGGACGAGGGACCUGGCGGAUCCUCAUCAAGCACCGACACGGAGUCUGACGCUCAGGAGAAGAUCACAGAGCCAUGUUCUUCUACAAGCAACGGCAUAGACGCCCCUGAAGACACCUCAAUCUCCUCCAUACAGCGACGACGUGCCAUUAAAAAGCCAUCUGAAGACAGCGUGCUGAAGCAGAAGGACACGUCCAGCACAAACACUUCACUGUUUCCUGUGAGAAACGAUGCAGCAUUCGCGUCGUGCUAUCCAUCAUUCAGCCGAGGAGGUUCAGUCCGUGACCGAGUGCGCAAGUUUACAGAACCUGCAGAAGUUUCCACCGAGAAGAGGAAUGUGCAGAGAAGCGUCCACAGGGGAACCUUCACCUCUAACCCAGCACACUCCGAGCCCGAAGAUCACGCUCAGGACUUCUCUUCAUCCCUUCCUUCCUUCUCAGACAGCGGGGUGAACCUCGACCAAUCAGAGCAUGCAGUGGGCGGGCCUCAGGGCACUAGUGAAAAUGUCAGGAGUGCUUGUUGCAGCUCAGAAGAGGGAGAGACUCCCAGGGGAACUGCAUCUUCAGACACACAGGAAGUCCAGGGAGAUCCUCAUUCCAACAUGAAGGCCUUCCUGACCAUCGAGAUCAAAGAUGGGAGAACCUUGGCGACUCAGACGUCUUCGUCAUCAUCAUCCACGUCCAUUUCCGGAGCCAUGCCACGAAUCCACACGAGCUCUGCUGCACAGAGAACAGAGCUGACUCUUGGUCUGAGAGCAACACCAUUCAAGCUCACAGGCUCCACAGGAUCCUCCCUCAAGAUGGAAACAGAGCCUGUGUUUUCUAUCGAACCUGCUCUCCAGACCGCCAGCGAGGCUCCACUGGUCCAGAACGGCUCCUCAGCAUCCCAGCUGCAAACAGACACAGACAGCGUCACGGGCAGCACUGGUACUCUCACCGCCGAACAGCUCGAGGCCAUAGAGGAUGAGGAGAUCCUGGACAAAAUGCUUGAUGACUCCAAAGAUUUUGAGGAGAGAAAAAUGAUUAGAGCAGCCAUGAGAGAGCUCCGCAAGAAAAAGAGAGAGGCCAGGUUGGGAUGUUCGCAGGAGGAGCUCGACCAAAGGGAGAAGGAGAGGGAUCUGCGUCUGCAGGAGCUAAGGCAACAGAGAGAGGAGCGAGGUCAGAAGAAUCGUCCAGGCGCAGGAGAUUUGGUGGUGAAGAAGAUCGAGAAGUCAGCCGAUGGUUCUACCAUCAGUGAGAUUACAAAGACUAACCGCUUCGCUCAGUCAGAUGACGGCAGCAGGAUGACCCGCAGCACCAUGAUGGAAACCUCUUACACACAGAAGUUUGACAGAGGAACCAUGCAGUCAAAGUCCUUCAGCUACUCCUCAUGUUCCUCCAGUACAAACAAGAAGAUCGGAAGCGUGUUCGAUCGUGAGGAUGACACCUCACGUAGUGGAGGCGGCUUAGCGGCGCUGGAGCGCAGACAAGCGGAGCGUAAGAAGGAAAUCAUGAGGGCUCAGACGAUGCCUAAAACCUCCGCCUCACAGGCUCGGAAAGCCAUGAUCGAGAAGCUCGAGAAGGAAGGCGGCGGCAGCAACUCGCCAGUUGCACAGGUGAAAGUCCAGCGCUCCACCAGCUUCGGUGUCCCCAACGCUAACUCCAUUAAACAGAUGCUGCUGGACUGGUGCAGAGCCAAGACCCGCGGCUAUGAAAACGUGGAUAUUCAGAACUUCUCCUCCAGCUGGAGUGAUGGCAUGGCCUUCUGUGCUCUGGUGCACAACUUCUUCCCGGAUGCUUUUGACUAUUCCACCCUCAGCCCUAGCAAUCGCAGGCAGAACUUUGAGGUGGCCUUUAAAACAGCAGAGGCCUUUGCUAACUGCAUGCCCCUGUUGGAAGUGGAGGACAUGAUGAUAAUGGGUAAGAAGCCUGACUCCAAGUGCGUCUUCACCUACGUGCAGUCGCUGGUCAAUCAUCUGCGCAGAUACGAGCUGACCUGUCGAGCACACUUGGAUCACUGAGCGUUGUCUCACGCCCCCAACUCCGACACCACCACUUUCUUUUCUUUUCUUUUUUUUUUGGAUAAAACAUGAAAUGUUUGCUCUCAUUUCCUCUGAUGGACCUUUCACCUGCAACAAACCAAAGGUUCAAAUAUCGCACAAGGUCGAGGGAAAAAAAAAAUGCUAUAAUGAUGAUUAAAAAACAUGUUUUGGCAAGAAGAUAGAAAAAAAGAUUUCUUUAGAAUCCCUGAAACACCAUGAUGUCCUGAUUCCUGGUUGAUUUCUACCCCUGUGGCAUGCAGCGAGUGUAUCUAAUGUUGUACUGCCUCGUGUACUGUAGCUGAUAGAGCAAUCUAGUCUGCAUGCUUCACCACUCAGUUACUUGAAGCUUUCUUCUGAACUCCUAUACUCCAGAGAAUGAAGUGUGUGUGUGUGUGAUGCGCAGAUACGAUCCUCAUGCUGAAACACUCCCAGUAACUCUGUUUAAGCGGAUCACAUUCACUGAAGCAUGAACACAGAAAGUCAACCCACCAGUCUGAAUCAGUUGUUUUCCCCAAGCUGAUUUAAAGCAGACUCUUCAGUAAAAAUGCCAAUUGAUCCGAGGACCGGCUUCCUAGCCUUAGUAGGAGAGGAACUGUUUCAGCAUGGGGAUUAUACAACACACACACACACACCACAGCCUUACAGAACACACACUCACGUGUACAGACAUCAGUGUGUCUAAUGCUUUAAAUAUCGCUCUACUUUUUAGUCUUUACUCUGUCCAUAUCCAUUUGAAAGAGAUUAGCAAAAUAAAAUAAAAAGACAAAUGGCUCAUCAAUCACAGUUUUCUCCUGGUUAUAGAGACGUUUCAGCAGCCAUGCGUAUCCUGGGUUGUGGGUUAUUGUUUUUUAUUUUAUUUUAUUUAUUAUAAAAAAAAAUUGUAGAAAUCUGAUUUAUGCUUCCCAAAGAGAGUAAAGUUUUUUUUUUAUUAUUAUUAUUAUUUUAUUUUAUUUUUAAAUUUUUUUAUGUAAUUUGAUUUAUGCUUCCAGAUCUCCAGAUAGUGUAAAGGUUUUUUUAAAAAAAAAAUAUAUAUAUUUGAGCAAGUCUAUUGGCUAUAAUCUGCAAAUAAUUUUAUUUAACAAAUGAGACACAUUUACAGGGCAGAGUUAAGGCUGUGUUCAUUUUCGCUGAGAAUUCAUUUAAAGUGCCAAUAAGCUGUCUUUCUUUUAACUGGUAUUAAAAAAUAGCAUUAAAACACAUACUGUUAUUUUUUUUUUUGUUUGUUUAUUUAUCGGUCUAAGCCAGUCUCUUGUUCCGGUGUAAUUUUCUGAAGUCGAAGCUCCUGCUGUAACUCGUGCUGCACAGAGGACCGUGAACGUUCUCUCAGUACCGACUCUCUGGUCUACUUCUUUACAUAGCAGAGACGAGAGAAAUCUCGCCAUCUUUCCCCUCCCAGACAGGACUGCUAGCAUCUGAAGCCAUCCCAUCAUCAGCACCUCCUUUAUUUUUAGCUAAACACAGUGUUAUUAUUGAUGAGCUUCAGUAGCAGGUGACGCUCUAAACUAGUUUCCUCACUAUAGAUUAAACCCUGCUGUAUAUGUGUAGAAAAAAUUGAAUGGGUUUGUUGUUUUGUUUUACGUAGUUGCACCAUGGAAUAUUGUUCACUCAGCAUUUCUGUACACUGCAAAUUAAUAUGGCGUAUGAUAUUAAAACCUUUUAAGAAAA